AUGAUUCAAGUGUAUGGUUUUACAGAUCCAAUUGAGAAAUUCACGAAAGAACACACUGCGGCCGCAGUCAGUUUAAAUAAAACUAUAAAGAAAUUGAAGAGAGCACUUGAUAAAGAAUCAAGGAAAUAUUUUAAAUACUAUAUUACAAAUCUUUACAAUGCUGUUAAUCAUGUGCAAAAUGUUACAAUGGA